UUUGUGCUUCUGUCAGUAAUGUAGGAAGUGCUACAUACUUCCUUCAAUUCUUUCCUCCUGGGACCAACACAAAAGUGCUCUGUCACAGUAUAACACAGUACUGCCGCCAGAAAGAUACAUGAAAGAGCCUGUAAGAGAACAGGGGUCCCAGCAGUGUUUUGCGAGUGGUUCACAGAGAUCUGCACACAGUGGAUUAGCUGGAAGAAUGUUUCUAUGGGCUGGAAGCAAAGGAGCUCAAGCAUCAGGACGUGAGGGGAGGAGCAUUUAUCAGAAGAUUCGUGAAUAUGAUGUUUUGGAGAAAAGGAGGACGGUGACAGCUCUGAAGGCUGGAGAGGACAGAGCUAUUCUUUUAGGCCUCAGCAUGAUUCUCUUCUCAGCCAUGAUGUACUUUGUGUUGGGCAUUACAAUGGUGCGCUCAUACACCGACAGCGUUUGGACAGAAGAGUCGAAAUGCACCGUGCUGAACUCUAGUAUAAUUGCUGAGAUAAACUGCAGUUACAGUUGUGGCUCAGAAUGCAGGAAGAGCUCCAGGUAUCCAUGUCUUCAGGUGUACGUCAGUCUGAACUACUCGGGGAGGGUUUUGAGACUCUCACACAAUGAGGAGACCCAUGAGGCCAACCCUGAGUGUUUUUAUAUCCCGAAAUGCCGCAAGGAUCACACGCUGAUGCACACCAUCGUGAUGAACAUCUCAGAGCGACUGAAGACCCACACACAGGUUUCGUGUUACUACGACCCCUCGGAGCAGCAGGACAGUGUUCUCCUGACACGUCUCUACGGCCGCAGAGCCAUCGUAAGCUCUCUCCUCUGGCCCACGUGUGCGCUGAUGGGGGGCAUACUUAUCAUCGCCAUGGUGAAACUCACCCAGUAUCUGUCCUACCUGUGCGAGCAGAUCAGCCGCAUCAAAAGGAUGGGUCUCCACUCUUUAACAGGAACCUACCACACCAGGGUCUGCACUCGGAGGUUUAACAGUGGCCUCCAGGACGGGGUUUAAAGGGGACGAUGAAGUUCACGGCACAUAUUAGUCAACAGACCUGUUUUUUCAUUCACAUGAGACACAAAGUGCUUUGGCUCAGGUGGACUCCCAUCUAUCCAGGUUGAUGAGUUGACAAGGCUGUUGUGUUAUUCUCAGCCACCACAGGAUCAACAGAGCCCCUAGU